UGCAAAACGUGGACUUUUUACAACGACUUGAAAACUAAAUAUGAGUCAUUGUUUCCUGUCGGACCCUAUAAGCGACGGACACAGCGUUCUCGACAAGAAGCAACAAUGAUAGACAAAUCCACACCUGCUGGCACGGGGCAGAGAGAAGAUGAUGUCAUCGCCAGGUCGAACUACAUCAUCGUGAAGGUUCCGCGGACGACAAAUGCGCGCACCCCGCCAGUCCCGGUCCGGGUGGGCAGAGAGACAGCCGUGAUGGGACGCCGGACGCGCGGAGGCUGCCCGACUCCUGCCGCCCUGCUCCUGCUGCUCCUCCUCGGCGCCUCGACCCCCGCCGCGGCCGCGCACGCCAGAGGCGCCCGGGGUGACGGCCAGCAGCAUGGCCAGUCGGGGACGCUGCCGCACUUUGUGGAGGAGCCCGUGGACGCUUACAUCAUCAAGAGCAACCCCAUCAAGCUGCGCUGUCAGGCCCGGCCCGCUCUGCAGAUAUUCUUCAAGUGCAACGGCGAGUGGGUCCAUCAGAGCCAGCACACGUCUAGGGAGCACACCGACUUGGGGACAGGGCUGAAGAUCCGCGAGGUGAUGAUCAACGUGUCCCGCCAGCAGGUGGAGGACUUCCACGGUCCAGAGGACUACUGGUGUCUCUGCGUGGCCUGGAGUCACUUAGGAACCUCCAAGAGCCGCAAGGCGUCAGUGAGCAUCGCCUACCUGAGGAAGAACUUUGAGCAGGACCCUCAAGGUGCCGAGGUGCCUCUCGGCGGCAUGAUCGUGUUGCACUGUCGACCACCAGAGGGCGUACCCCCGGCACAGGUGGAAUGGCUAAAAAACGACGAGCCUCUGAGCGCCGGCGGCGUCAUGGCCGAAACAAAAGACGACCACAGUCUGAUCGUGUCGCAGGCCCACCUCUCGGACUCUGGAAACUACACCUGUGUCGCCAACAACAUCGUUGCCAAGCGCCGCAGCGCCACGGCUCCUGUGGUUGUGUACGUGAACGGCGGCUGGUCGUCAUGGACCGACUGGACGGCGUGUAACGUGCGCUGCGGGCGCGGCGUGCAGAAGCGCUCGCGCACGUGCACCAACCCGGCGCCGCUCAACGGCGGAGCCUUCUGCGAGGGAAUAUCGGUGCAGAAGAGCGUCUGCACGGCACCAUGUCCGGUGGACGGCGGCUGGGGGGAGUGGAGCGAGUGGUCGGCGUGCGGCAGCGACUGCGAGAAGAGGCGGAGUCGGGAGUGCACGGCGCCCGAACCCAAACACGGAGGGCGGCUUUGCGACGGCUUGGCGCUGGCGGCGGACAACUGCACGGGCGGCCUGUGCACGCAGAACGGAAAACUGCUGCGUGACGCCAAACCUCAAGGCGUGGAGAGCAGCAGCGACGUGGCGCUCUACUCGGGCCUGGCGGCCGGCGUGGCGACCGUGGUGCUGCUCAUCGUCGCCGUCACCGUGUACCGACGCAGCCGCAGCGACUACGGCGUGGACGUCAUCGACUCGUCCGCCCUCGCCGGAGGAUUCCAGUCUUUCAACUUCAAAACGUCCCGACAAGCCAACCCCCUCCUGAUCCACUCGUCCAUGCAGCCCGAGCUGAGCGUGUCGCGCACCUACACCGGCCCGAUAUGUUUCCAGGACUCCAUGGACAAGGAGCUGAUGGCCGAGCGCACGCUCCUCGAGCCUUUGCCUCAGCUCAAAGUGAAAGGCAUGACAGACCACCCUCAGACGUUCCCCAGGGGCCUGGCGCCGGACUACCGGGGGGUGGCUGUGGGUCCCACGCUUGGCCGGCGAGAGAAGAACUUUUUGGGCCCGCAGGCGCCGUUGUCCCCCGGCAGGCCUCGACACAAGGCCUCGGCCGUGUUGGGUCACGCGGGGGGCCGGCUGGUGGUGCCCAACACAGGAAUCAGCGUGCUGGUGCCUCACGGGGGGAUCGCACAGGACACCACCUGGGAGACGUACGUGAUCGUCAACCAGGAGGACAGCAGAUCGGCGUUGGGCGACGGACCAGAGAUCUUCUUGAGUCCCGCCGUGACCUACGGCCCGCCGGGGCUGGAUCUGUCCUGCCCCGUCGCCGUGACCAUGGCGCACUCGGCCGAGGGUGGCGCCGAGAACUGGAUCACCCGUCUGAAGCGACAGACGGCGGACGACAAAUGGGAGGAAGUGAUGUGCGUGCACGAGGAGUGCACGUCCUGCUACUGUCUGCUGGAGGCCCAAAGGUGCCACGUCCUGCUGGAGCAGCCCGGACGCUACGCCCUGGUGGGGGAGCCACUGAGCCACGACGCUGCCAAGCGCCUGCGACUGGCCGCCUUCGGGAGCCCCGAUCCCAGGAACCCUUUGGGCUUCGUCCUCACGGUCUACUGUGUGGACGACACGCCGCACGCUUUCCAGGAGGUGACGGCGGGUGAGCGUGGUCGAGGCGGGCGACUCCUGGAGGAGCCCAAAGUGUUGAUGUUCAGGGGCAACAUGUUAAGCCUGCAGGUGUCCAUCCAGGACAUCCCACAGCUGUUGUGGAGCAUCAAGCCUUUCACCACCUGCCAGGAGUUCUCCUUCCGCCAGGUGUGGGCGGGCCAGCAGCGCCCCCUGCAGUGUGCCUUCUCUCUGGAGCGCUACGGCCUCUCCUCGCCGCCGCACCUCUCCUGCAAGAUCAGCGUCAGGCAGGUCAAAGGUCAAGAGCAGAUACUUCAGGUCUACACGUCGGUGGCGGAGAGCCAGCAGGGGGCGCUGCCCUUCUCCUCCCAGUCGGACUGCAGCGUCACCUCCCAGACGGGGCCGCGAGCCUUCAAGAUCCCGCCGUCCAUCCGUCAGAGGAUCAGCGCCACCUUCGACAGCGCCAACGCCAAGGGCAAGGACUGGCGCCUCUUAGCCCGGAAGCUGCACAUCGACAGGAACCUGAGCUACUUCAGGCGCCACGAGAGCCCGGCGUCCGUGAUCCUGAGCCUGUGGGAGGCUCAGCACCAGGAGUCAGGCGACCUGGACUCCCUGGCCAGCGCCCUGGAGGAGAUCGGCAGAGUCCAGUCGCCCGGGAGCGGCGACGAAGGGCGGCUGACUUCCCUCGGCUUGUCAAGGACAGCAGACUGAGGAGUCGGGGGGGAUCCACUCUCACCUGCAUGAACGCUGCCGGACUUCCCGCCGCUGGACUCCCUCGGCCCCACCCCCGGGGGAUCCCACACGAGCGGGGAGCUCUUCUACUGACACUGAGCCCGAGGUACGUUGGUGUUUUGGACCACGGGUGAGACCACUGUCUUGGAGGCGAUGGACGCCAGUGACUUCCCGAGGGGCGGUCCCCGCGUUUAGUGUGACGUCAUUGCUGUCAUUCCUUCGUUUUUUCCCCCCCCCCCUUUCUACGUCGUGUCUUUCAUCGUGCGGAAACGGGAGUUCAGAACAGACGGAAGGAACGCCGAUGCUUAGCGCUGAGGAGUGGACGUUGCUGCCGAGGGAUAGCGAACGCGUCGUC